CCUCUACACGCGAUCCAUUUUUAUUGGACAGUGUUUUGGGUUUCACAACAAAAAUCAUAUUUUUGUCAUAUGUUUGGUGUCUUAUCCGUUAUCUUCGGCUCUCAUUGAAGACAUCUCUCGGACGCAGACAAUAGCGACCACUUCUGGCGCAGAGAUGGCCCCUAAAGACAAGGUGGACAACGUUAACCACGCGACCGGAGAACCGGUGCGGAUGAACGAGAUGUUUGAAUGGCCUACUCUUGAGGACCAGACCCAGAGUCCGAUCGUGAAGGCCAUGAGAGUCCUCACAUCCGUCAUCGACGGUCCCGUCGAAUGGAUCAGACACAAUGUGGUGGACAAGUAUCGCGGCCCCAGUUAUCCCUACUAUCACCAGAAGUUCCGUCGG